CCACCGAAGGGAGGGAGAAUCCCCUGGGAUUAACUACUCUGAAUGAGUUUUCUAUAAACAGCUCGACUUACAUAACAGCUUGUAAUCUAGUUAAUACUCCCCCAGCUAGCUUCCUCGUAGUUUUUCUCAGAGCAGAGGAUACACUUAAUUACAAUUUGUUUAGGAAUAGACCGUUGUAUGCAACAGCUGUGGGGGACAAGAGGUGCAGUUCAGAGCGCUCACCAUGUCAGUGGUCGGGAUCGAUGUGGGUUACCAAAACUGUCACAUCGGCGUGGCCAGGAGCGGUGGCAUCGAAACCAUCACCAACGAGUACAGUGACCGAUGCACACCGGCUUGUGUAUCUUUGGCCUCCAAAAACCGCAUGAUUGGAAAUGCUGCCAAGAGUCAAAUGACAACAAACUUCAAAAAUAAAGUUCAUGGAUUCAAAAAGUUCCACGGCAGAGCGUUCGAUGACCCGUUCGUCCAAGCGGAAAAACCCAAACUGCCUUACAGCUUACAUAAACUGCCCAAUGGAAACGCUGGAGUUAAGGUGCGUUAUUUGGAUGAGGACAAAGUGUUCACGGUGGAGCAGAUCACAGGGAUGCUGCUCACCAAGCUGAAGGAGACGUCAGAGAGCGCCCUGAAGAAGCCCGUGGUGGACUGCGUCAUCUCUGUCCCGAGUUUCUUCACCGAUGCUGAAAGGCGAUCGGUGUUCGAUGCAAGUCAAAUAGCGGGGCUGAACUGUUUACGUCUCAUCAACGACACCACUGCAGUGGCUUUGGCCUACGGGAUCUAUAAGCAGGACCUUCCUACUCCGGAAGAGAGGCCAAGAAACGUGGUAUUUGUUGACAUGGGACAUGCGUCCUUCCAGGUCUCCCUCACUGCCUUCCACAAAGGCAAACUCAAGGUCCUCGCCACGGCGUUCGACCUCCACCUUGGCGGGCGCAAUUUUGACGAGGCACUGGUGGAUUUCUUCUGCGAGGAGUUUAAAAGCAAGUACAAGCUAAAUGUGAGGGAGAACCCGAGGGCUCUGCUGCGGCUGCACCAGGAGUGUGAGAAACUGAAGAAGCUAAUGAGCGCCACCUCCUCCGAUCUGCCUCUGAACAUCGAGUGCUUCAUGAAUGACAUCGAUGUUUCCAGCAGGAUGAACAGGGGCCAGUUUGAAGACAUGACUGCUCAAUAUCUGAUGAGAGUGGAGACGCCACUGAAAGCAGUCCUUGAGCAGUCAAAGCUGAGUCGGGAUGAUGUCUACGCUGUGGAGAUAGUUGGAGGAGCCACAAGAAUCCCAGCGGUCAAAGAGAGGAUCGCAAAGUUUUUCGGCAAAGACAUCAGCACCACGCUCAAUGCAGACGAAGCGGUCGCCAGAGGCUGUGCACUCCAGUGUGCCAUUCUGUCUCCAGCAUUUAAGGUGCGGGAGUUCUCCAUCAUUGACGUGGUUCCCUUUCCCAUUACUCUUCGCUGGAAAACACCUACAGAGGAUGCACUGGGUGAGUGCGAGGUGUUCAGCAAGAAUCACGCUGCUCCAUUUUCCAAAGUCAUCACCUUUCACAAGAAGGAGCCCUUUGACCUUGAAGCCUUCUACAGCUGCCCUCAAGAGCUCCCCUACCCAGACCACAGGAUAGGAUGUUUCUCCGUACAGAAUGUGGCUCCGCAGCCCGACGGAGAAAGCUCUAAAGUGAAGGUGAAAGUGCGCGUUAACGUCCAUGGCAUCUUCAGCGUGUCCAGCGCCUCUCUGAUUGAAAAACAGAAAGGGGAGGACAUGCAAAUCGACUCGGAGCCGAUGGUGCAGACCGAAGGCGGAGCAGAGGAACAGACCAAAAUGCAGGUGGACCAGGAAGGCCAAGGUCAGGGGGACCAGCAGAACGAGGACAACGGUUCCAACACUAAGGAUUGGGCGUGUGGGGAAAAGACGGACGCAGCAGCAGUAGCAGCAGGAGGGAGCAAACCCAGAGUCCAAGUGAAAAGUACCGAGCUGCCCGUGGUGGCCAACAACAUCCGACAGCUCGACCGUGACGUCCUCAAAGACUUUGUGGAUUGUGAGCACCAGAUGAUCAUCCAGGACAAAUUUGUCAAAGAGCUCAAUGAUGCCAAAAAUGCUGUUGAGGAGUACGUAUACGAACUUCGGGACAAACUUUGUGGGAUCUAUGAAAAGUAUAUCACGCUGGAUGACAGUAACCGGCUGACACUGAUGCUGGAGGACACAGAGAACUGGCUGUAUGAGGAGGGAGAGGACCAACCCAAACACGUCUAUGAGGAGAAGCUGGAUGCCCUCAAGACGUUGGGUCAACCCAUUCAGGAUCGGCACAGAGAGCACGAGGACCGGCCGAGGGCUUUUGAAGAGCUGGGAAAGAAAAUACAACUCUGUAUAAAGUUUGUUGAUUCCUAUAAACAGAAGGAUGAGCAAUACCUGCAGCUGAGUGCAGAGGAAAUGAUCGCUGUGGAGAGGUGUGUGAGUGACAGCAUGGUUUGGAUGAACAGCAGGAUGAACGCACAGAGCAAACUUGGCAUUACUCAAGACCCCGUUGUCAAAGUGGCAGACAUCAUCGGCAAAAUACAGGAACUGGAGGAUGCGUGUAACCCAUUGAUGAACAGGCAAAGACCCACCGUGGAGGAGGCAGCUGAAGUGAUUGACCAAAGCAGUGCGGCUCACAAUGGCCCUGCAGAGAAGCAAGCGGCAGCAGGAGGGCAGGGAGAUGCAAAGGGAAGCCAGCAGGCAACGCGCGGCACGAAAGAGAUGGAGGUGAACUGAGACCGGUGCCUGAGAAGCAAACUCCUAAAUCAUCCCUGCGUUUACCACAGCUGACCGUUUAGACCGUAGGAACGUCAACUGUUUCAAUCGACUGUUUCCCAAUCGUCACCGGCUACUUCUGUGGAUUUGGGACUUUUUGUUUUAUUGUUUCAAUCUGUAUUUGCGUCAAUGGUGUGCUUUACUUCCUCAAAGAUUUUACAUACUUAAUAAAUGAAAGAAUGAUGCAAUAGUUGAAACUCUGAAUCUGAUGUUACACUGUUUCUUUCGUGCCACACAGGAAGGAUCCUUGUCUUCGCGUUCCGUGUGUCUCAUAUGAACCCAGUAUCGACAGUAAAUCUUUCCCUUUUAAAAAGGAAUGUUGUAUGCAAUGAUCCAACUUAUACAUAUUUGUGUCUAAUGAGCUUGAAAUGAUGUCCAUGUCUUUAAAAGCUGUAAAUACUAUUUAAGUAAAUUAAAGCGGCCAGCGUAUAUAAAAUAUUCAUGAAGAACAUAUUCCUAGUAGACUAGUGUUUGAGAAACACCAAAUGUCUUUAUUAGGCGAUUGGUUUCUUUUUUGUUUUCUGGCAUUUUCCACAUUUAAAUAAAGAGAUUCUGGACUGUAACACCCG